CAGAAGAGUAGAUAGAAGACUAGUUGUUAACGAUACUCAUUUAAAAAAAAUACAUGUCACAAAAAAAAAAAGGAAAAAAAGAAGUAAAUAAAGUAUAUUAGUGAAAUGCUUAGUAAUCCCAUUAAAACAUAAGGAAACAAAAAACUUUUCUACCAUUAUUGUUUUUUUUAAUGACAAUAAUGGGUACAGUGCGCACAACAAAUAUAUAAUGGAAACUUUGCCUACAAAAUGAGUCGUAAUUGUUUUCAUGAAUUUGCAGGAAAAAAAAAUAGACUAAGCAAACUAGAUCAUCAUCAUCAUCAUCAUCGUCAUGAAGCUUGAACCAAUAAGCAUCUACUUAGCUAUUAAUUGGAGGCUUUUAACUACAAUAUAGUUUUUAUCAUUUUCCUUAUAACUCUCUCUCUCUCUCUCUAGUCUCUAUGGCAGGAGGAAAGAAACCUAAAGUCCUCAACAAACCAUGUAUCAUGCUUAUAGUAAUUGCCGGUAUGGAGAGAUUUGCAUUCAAAGGGGUGGCAUCAAAUUUGGUGAUUUAUCUAACUGAUAAUAUUCAUAUGAGUAACUCUGCGGCGGCUAAAACAGUAAAUAGUUGGUGUGGAUUAACGUCAAUAAUGCCACUCUUGGUGGCUCCUCUUGCUGAUUCUUUAUGGGAUCAUUAUUCCACUAUAUUGGUUUCAUCUUUGUUCUACAUUCUGGGUCUUGCAUCAUUAACAUCAACCACAUUUGAAUGGGCAUGGCCAGUGAACAAGAGUAUUUCAAACAUCUUCAUGUUUUGGUCACUCUGUUUAAUAUCGCUCGGCCAAGGUGGCUACAACCCUUCCUUACAAGCCUUUGGAGCAGAUCAGCUUGGAGAGGAAGAAGAUUUACCCACUGACCAAACAGACCUUAAAAAAUCCAGUAAAAGGACUGUUUUCUUCACUUGGUGGUACUUUGGUGUUUGCACUGGCAGCCUCUUAGGAGUCUCUAUAAUGUCUUACAUCCAAGAUACUCUUGGCUGGUCUCUUGGCUUUGCUGUUCCUACCUUUGUCAUGAUCGCGUCUAUCUUCUUAUUUUCUUGUGGCACCAGAAGUUAUACAGUUAUUUUCGCUAAUGAUCACAAGGUUGAGAAUCAUAAUCCUUUCAAGACUAUGGCUGAUGGUCUAAAAGCUGCGAUAUCAAGGGUCUACAACUGUGGCAUCGGUGAACCCAAUCGCAAAGCCGAUGUUCCAGAGUUAGAGCUGCAGGAAAAUCAACUCUCAAGCCAAAAGCUAGUAGGAACAAAAGAGGUUAAUGAUAAACCCAGUAAAGGCAUUUCCUUUUCUGACAAUGUUAAGGUAUCAUUAAGGCUGUUACCUAUAUGGACUAUGUUGCUGCUAUUUGCUGUGAUCUUUCAACAACCAGCAACAUUCUUCACCAAGCAAGGCAUGACAAUGAAAAGAAACAUAGGCACAAAGUUCAAAAUCCCACCAGCAACUCUCCAAGGAGCCAUUACUGUCUCAAUUAUCCUCCUAAUGCCCUUGUAUGACAGGAUUCUCGUCCCAUGUACCCAAGUUUUCACAAGGAAUGAGAAGGGUAUAACCGUCCUGCAAAGAAUGGGAGCUGGGAUGGUACUGUCAAUCAUUGCCAUGGUGAUUGCUGCCUUGGUAGAGGAGAAGAGACUCAAAGAUCCAUCCUUAACUAUAUUUUGGUUGCUACCACAAUACAUAUUACUAGGCAUAUCAGAUAUCUUCACUGUUGUGGGAAUGCAAGAGUUCUUUUAUGGUGAAGUCCCUGUUAAAAUGAGGACAAUGGGAAUUGCUCUGUAUACUAGUGUGUUUGGAGUAGGGAGUUUCCUCAGUGCCAUGAUGAUAUCUUUGAUUGAGUUUUUCACUACUAGGGGAGGAAAACAGAGCUGGUUCACUGAUGAUAUGUCCAAAGCAAGGCUAGAUAAGUAUUAUUGGCUACUAGCUAUUUUAAGUACAUUCAGUUUGCUGCUGUAUAUGAUUUUGUGUAGAUUUCACAAAAGUAGGAGCGACUUGGGUGAUGAAAAUGAUGUAUAAAGUUCUGGUUUAUCAAUACAAUAGAGUAGUAGUAAGUUUUCUGA